CGCAUUACCUAUGGUACUUCCCUUCGAAUAGGAAAUGGAAUUUGACAGGGCUCAAAACAUUUGUCGUCCGCUUCUUUCCUUUUAAUUAAUCUUUUCAAGUUCGGAAAAGAGGAAUUCAAAACUCACAACUAUGCCACCAAAGUUCGAUCCAACAGAAAUAAAAUUAGUUUAUUUGCGGUGUGUUGGUGGUGAAGUAGGAGCUACAUCGUCUCUUGCACCUAAAAUUGGUCCGCUCGGUUUGUCCCCGAAAAAAAUUGGUGAUGAUAUUGCCAAGGCAACAUCAGAUUGGAAGGGUUUGAAAAUCACAGUAUGCCUAACAAUCCAAAACAGACAAGCCGCUAUUUCUGUUGUUCCGUCUGCAGCUUCCCUCAUCAUUAAGGCUCUUAAAGAACCACCAAGGGAUAGGAAGAAGCAAAAGAACAUCAAACACAGUGGAAACAUAACUUUUGAUGAUAUCUUAUCAAUUGCCAACCAAAUGCGUCCUCGUUCCAUGGCCCGAGACUUGUCUGGAGUGUGCAAGGAAAUUCUUGGCACCGCUCAAAGUGUUGGUUGCACUGUUGAUGGAAGACCCCCGCAUGACAUCAUUGAAGAUAUAAAUGCCGGCGCAAUUGAAGUUCCACUAGAAUAGAGUAAAGAAUUACUUUGAAUUAAAGUGUUUUUUAUAAAUGUGAAUUAAA